CCUCGCAGCUGAGGGGGGAGGAGCUUAUUUAACGCGGAGGUUAAAACCUCCCGCAGAGUGACCCGCACUGACACAGUGACAGCAGCAAAGUGCGGCGCCACUUCAUGGACACAGAGAAAACUUCUUUAAUAAGUUCUGGAACUCAUCAGCUCAGAUUACUAUGAUGAUUAAACCGUAUAUGAGACAAGGUGAGGGAGAGGAGGCCGUCAGCCCUCUGCAGUGGACAGAUGAAGACAUGAGCUCACCUGAUGGAGACGCGUCAGUCUCAUCACAUCACUACAGAGAAUGUGAAACAAACCAACAGGACAGGGAGAUGGGGAGCGAAGAUGUGGAGGAAGACGAUGAUGACGAAGAGGAAGGCCAGGAGGAUGAAAACAAGUCCAAACGACGAGGGCCCAAGAAAAAGCGCAUGACCAAAGCUCGGCAGGAACGUUUCCGUGCUAGGCGCGUAAAGGCUAACGCCAGGGAGCGCUCACGCAUGCAUGGUCUGAAUGAUGCUCUGGAGAGCCUGCGCACCAUCAUGCCCUGUCACUCCAAAACCCAGAAACUGUCUAAGAUCGAGACGUUACGACUCGCCCGCAACUACAUCUGCGCUCUGUCCGAGGCCCUGGAGGGGGGCGUGUCCACGGAGAGCAGGGCUUUCAUGGAGACGCUGUGUAAGGGCCUCUCGCAGCCCACCUCCAACCUGGUGGCGGGCUGCUUGCAGCUGGGACCUGGUACUGGCGGCGGGAUGAGGCCUGAGGACAGACAUGGUGUUCGGGCACCACCUACUCCUCUUGGUGGUGUGGUGAGCUACUCCUCUCCGGGUCUGCCCAGUCCGCCGUAUGGCACUUUUGACUCUGCUCACCUGCUUCACCUGAGGGCGAUUAAAGGAGGAGCGUACGAGAAUCACUCGCCACACGAGUAUAACGGCGGUGGUGUGGGGACCCCUCCGUAUGACGGCCCUCCUACGCCACCUCUGAGCAUCAGCAGUAACCUGGUGCCCAAACAGGAGCCUUCACCUCAUUACCCGCCCACACACCACUACUCCCCGUCCCCUUUGGACCAGGGCCUGUAUCAGCCUCAGAGCAGCUAUGACGUACACUUAGAGGGGGCAUACGACGCCUACCAUCCACCGCACAUGCCCCCCCGACAUAUGACCUCCAUCUACAGAGACUGAGGAGGGUCAGCAGAGUCAACACAUCAGUACACCCUGGCUGAUCGAGUCCAGUCUGAACACUGACGUCUCUUGGACGUUAACACAGAGGGAUCCAUCUUGACUGCUUGUUGGUUUCAAAUGUGUGGAGAACUUGUUCUGCUGAACCUGACCCAAACCAAUAAUGGUUUUUAAAAACUGAUGACCAAAAAAAAAAGACUCCACAAGUCUAAACAGGAAAUCUUGCUUCGGCCAUUUUGACCAGAUGUUCUGUUACUGUAAUAUCAGCACUUCUUCUGUAGCUUUGGUACCAUCAGAUAUUCUACAUAAAUUAAAGUAUUUUUUAUUUAUUCUCUAAUUUAAUAAUGUGUAUAUGGAAUUUUGUUCUGAUGUGUCUGGUUUUCCUUUUGUAUACGUUUGUGGUCAGAGCUUCUUUUUUCUUUGUUUCUUAGACUGAAAAUGUGUCUCUUGCAUUAUCUUUCGUUUGUGUCCACUCUUCUUUGUUAGGUAUUUUUAUUUUGCACUCUACAGGUAGAUGCCCUAGCAUGACGUAACUGAUUUUUGGAAGGUGUCUGCUGGAGGGAUGGAGAGAAGUUUAAAAAUAGCAUUCUCAGGAUAACACUGUGAAAAUCGAAUUUCCAAUAGAUUUUGUAUUGGAUACCAUGUCUUUGUCUUUUUCAUUUUGUUUCUUUUGGAAAAGUUGAUGUUGAUUAAAAUAUUAAAAAUUCAA